AUGACGAUAACCGUGGGGGUCCUCGCCUUGCAGGGCGCUUUUUACGAGCACAUCCAGCUCCUGAAGGUUGCCGCCGACAAACUGAGGGGCAACAAGUCCAUGACCAAACAGCAAUGGGAGUUCAUAGAAGUUCGCACGCCCGCUGAGCUUGAUAGAUGUGAUGGGCUCAUCAUCCCCGGUGGCGAGAGUACGGCCAUGGCCUUGGUGGCCGCGCGAUCGAACCUGCUUGAGCCGCUGAGAGACUUUGUAAAGCUCCAUAGAAAGCCCACCUGGGGCACUUGCGCCGGGCUAAUUCUCCUUGCUGAAUCGGCAAAUCGGACGAAGCGAGGUGGUCAAGAGCUCAUCGGGGGGUUGGAUGUUCGUGUCAACCGGAACCACUUUGGACGACAGACAGACAGCUUCUAUGCGCCGUUGGAUCUACCGUUCCUGCCGGGAGACGCCGGCCCCUUCCGAGCCGUGUUUAUAAGGGCGCCCGUGGUCGAAAAGGUACUCUCGCCCAAGGAGGGUAUUCAAGACGAGGAGCUCAAGAGGGAUGAGACGGUGGUGGCGCCAUCCAGACAGCCUGAGAACGCGAUUGCUCGAGAGGCCAUGGCGGAUAAGGUUGAGAUUCUAGGGAAACUCCCUGGAAAGGCCGAAGUUGAUGGAAUGCCUCAAGAAGCUGGUGACAUUGUCGCGGUGAAGCAGGGCAACGUCUUCGGCACCAGCUUCCAUCCAGAAUUAACUGAAGACCCCCGAAUUCACAUGUGGUGGCUCUGCCAGGUCAGUGAUGCAGUUGGAAAGUUACAGAAAUCUGAGGUAGUCGUUCGAUGA